AUGCGCCGCCCAGACUUUAGUCCUUCCCUUCUUUCUCCGGGAAAUUACGACAAUGAUGCAUCUUCGUUGCGGUCGCCCUCCGAGCAGGACUCGGAUUCCGACGAUGAUGCCCUCCUGGAUCAAAACCGCAGUACCUUGGAAAUCGCGGAGCACGACCGGGCAGUGCUAGAAGAGGAAGAGGAGCUAGAGAAUCUCCUAACCCGUGGUGGUGGACAUGGUCUGCGGAGGAUUUUCAGUCCGAAUGGUAGCAGUGUUAGGAUCGGGAAGACGAAAAAGCGACGACAACGGAGGGGGUCGCGUCGUGAGAGAGUCAGCGAAGACGGCGAGCUGAUGUAUGAGAUGGAAGAGGGAUUUAGUGAUGACAAUGCUUCACUUUUGAGCAGACCAUCGUUGGAUUUUGACGGGAAAGACGAAUACACAUAUGAGCCGCCUCCACGACCUUCAUGGCGAAAAAUCUUGUUUAUAAUUGCUUUGGUCGCCAUUCUCUUCGUUAUUCUCGUCCUUGGGGCGUAUAAAGCCUCGAGCGGCUUCCGGACUACACGAGCGCACCUUCCACCUCUGCUCUCCAACGGCACAGCUCUCUUUGCGCCCACCACUAUCGUUAUCUCGCUCGACGGUUUCCGAGCCGACUUUCUUGACCGUGGUCUAACUCCUGCGCUCAACUCUCUCGUCGCCAAUGGCGUUUCACCGCAAUACAUGACCCCCAGCUUCCCGAGCGUCACCUUCCCAAACCACUUCACACUCAUGACCGGACUCUACCCCGAGAGUCAUGGGAUUGUAGGGAACACAUUUUGGGACCCGAAUAUGGAGGAAGAAUUCUACUAUACCCAUCCCGCUGUCAGCAUGCAGCCGAAGUGGUGGAUGGCGGAACCACUCUGGGUCACGGCAGAAAAGCAGCGUGUGAAGACCGCUAUCCAUAUGUGGCCAGGGUCUGAGGCGCACAUUGGCGAUAGGGAGCCGAGCUUUGUAGACAAAUACAACGGGACGGAAGUCUGGUCUCGCAAGGUGGAUCGGAUCCUUGAGUUUUUGGAUCUCCCAGGUCUCGAGAAUGAGUCCCAGAUGGCACCCGAGCGACCGCAGUUCAUCGCGGCUUAUCUUCCCGAUGUCGAUCGGGAUGGGCAUAAGUUUGGCCCUAAUAGCACUGAGAUCCGAAAAACGAUUUCCGAAGCGGAUAGCAUGAUCGCCAACAUCAUGGCUGGUCUUGAGAAACGCAACCUCACCGAGGUAGUUAACAUCGUGGUCGUCUCAGACCAUGGUAUGGCUACUACCUCUACAGAGAGGCUUAUUCAGCUGGAUGAUCUGAUUGAUUAUGAUCUGAUUGAACAUAUUGACGGGUGGCCAUCCAAUGGCCUGCGUCCCAAGCGCCCCGAGGAUUUGGAAACCCUUCGGAAACAAUUGGAAAAGGUAGCUCCGGAUUACGAGCAUGCGUUCGAAUUUUACACGCGGGAGACAAUGCCCGAGCGGUAUCACUUCUCGAACAACGAACGCAUUGCGCCGUUAUGGGUUAUCCCUAAGACGGGGUGGGCUAUCGUUAAUCGGUCAGAGUUCGACGUUAAAGAAGCUAUGAAAACUGGGGAGGAAUACCAUCCCCGGGGCAUCCACGGAUAUGACCAUGAGCACCCAUUGAUGCGGGCGAUCUUUAUUGCACGCGGCCCAGCCUUCCCUCACAAACCAAACAGCCGGGUGGAAGUUUUCCAAAAUAUCGAGGUGUACAACAUUGUCUGUGACUCGCUGGGCGUCGAUCCUCUUCCUGGUAAUGGCACACUACGCCUCCCGCUGAAGCCAGUCGGCCUUCACUCGGAUGAGAAUGCACCCGUGUUAGACACGCCUCCUGAUCCCCCGGCUUCAACUUCAACAGCACGGCCCCCGCAAUCAGCACCUCCACAGCCGUCAGCUCCACAGCCAACACUCCCACAGUCCAAGCCCCCUCAAUCAGCUCAGCCAGCACCGAAACCCACCACUCCACCAGCUGAGGCAACCCCUACUCCAGACCAUGAAGGCGACAGGGAAAAGGAGUCGACGUGGUGGGAGAAAAUUUCGCACAAGUUCGAUGACCUGAAGGAUUGGGCUAGCGGUGUUGCCGAUGCUGUUCAGGGCAAGCAUCCGCAGCCUGAGAGUUGA